GACUCUGAGGCGUGCUUUUGUUUGUUGAACUAAAUAUGGGCGGAGAUUACUGUUGCGCGUCGUAGGGUGAUAAUAGUUGCAUACAGUUUACGUGGUAUUAUAUGUUCUGUGCUCAGUAAAUUAAAUUUAAAAAAAACUGUUUAAGCUAGAAAGUCUUUUUAAGAGAGACAUUCAUUUAAAAAUAUCCUGUUUUCGAAGAGAAACCACGACAAAAGGACCGUGACACUAUUUGCACUAGAGGUCACCCGAGCACAGCAUCGUGGAAACAGAAAGCUCCAAACUACAAUUUUGGAGUUAUAUAGUGUUAUAAUGUAAUCGUUUCCAGACACAAGGAAGGACCAGACAGCAAAUGCAUUCUGUCACCAGGCAGCAGCCGUGUGCCCCUGUGGCAGCCAGCGUAGGAUGGCGUAACAUAGAUUUGUUAGUUUAUCUGGGUGCUGAACAAUUUUCUUUUAACUUUUAGUCGUCAGCAUUGGAGGACACUACUUGGAGGACUGAUGGCGGCUGUUCGGAGUUUACGAGUGUCUGUCGAGUCGGAUACCGGUUUGUUGUCCCCCAGUUCAGGUUCUGAAGGCGAACCGGAAGCGGAACCUGAGCCCAUGGAGGUGGAAGAGGGUGAACUCGAACCUUUCCCGGUCCAAAGAAGCUUCAGGCAGUUUAAUCCGGACACUAGCAGACGCUAUGAAAACAAAGCAGGGACCUUCAUUACUGGGAUUGAUGUUACAUCAAAGGAAGCAGUGGAAAAGAAAGAGCAGAGAGCAAAACGCUUUCACUUCCGUGCUGAAGUAAAUCUUGCACAAAGGAAUGUUGUACUGGACAAAGAAUUAUUAAAAAAAGCAAUUCCCAAAAUCCGCUUAGAAGCACUUCAUGUUUGUGGUGUGGAUGAAAUGAGCACGCAGGAUUUAUUUGAAUAUUUUAAGGAGUACCCACCUGCUCAUAUCGAGUGGUUAGAUGACAACUCAUGUAACGUGGUAUGGUUGGAUGAGGCCACAGCUAUGCGUGCUCUUCUAAAUAUGAGUCAGAUGCCUGAGGCUGAGAAAGCCUCUAAUGAAGAGAACCAUGAAAAGCAAACUACUCAAGUACAAAAAGACAAACAAGAUGUGAAUUCAGCAGAAUCUGCAGAAGAUUCAACUGAGGAAGGAGAAGUGGAAGAUAAAGACAGUGAAGAAGAACAUGAAAAGAAGAAUGAUAAUUUGCCUGAUGCCUUGUCCCAAGCAGAGCAGAACUCUGUGCUUCAAAAUGAGCCAAGACGUUGCUUAAAACCUGCAAAAGGGGGCGAUCUUUAUCUUAGGUUUGCCACUAAAGAUGACAAAAAGGCAUUGGGAGCGGCAAGACGAAGUCUGUACUACAUGAAGUACGGAAACCCAAACUAUGGCGGCAUGAAAGGAAUACUCAGCAGUUCCUGGAAGCGGCGGUUUCAUUCACGUCGACUGCACCGUGAUGUGAUAAAGAAAAGGAACUUCAUCAGUGAGGUUGGCUUAACAUCUCCCUACAAACAUAGACAUGCAGGUAAGAUUCUUCACCCACUUAGUCAAAAACGCUUGGUUAUUAAAGAACAGUUUGUCCGAGCAGCCAGGAUGACUAUUAAGGAUUGUGAUUUUCAAGUCGAAUGCGACCUUGUUAUUAAAAUGUUUACAAUGAGAGGUUACCCUGAACCACUAGUACAAGAUUUAUUAGUUGAAGUUACACAGAAACGUGUAGUAGGAAUUUACAAAUCAAUCCUACGCUUACCAGAAAAUGUUGCAACUAAAAUAGAUUCACAUAGUGAAAAUAGUGGUAAUGUUAGAAACUCUAUGAGAGCAGAUACUGUAGCAGCCAGUAAUAUUAAGGAUCGAAUUGGAAGCAAAACAGAGAAAGUUGAAGACGUACGGCUUCUGCUGGAGGAGAAACGUCAGACUUCAGGUCUCCAGCAUGCUGGUGGCAGUACAAAAACAGAUGUACGACAGAGGUUGGGGAAGAGACCACAUACUCCUGAAAAAAAACAUGCACAUACUCCUGAGAGAAAACGUUCACAUACUCCUAAAAGAAAGCGGACUCAUUCCUCAGAGCGUAAAAGGACACAUUCAUCAGAGAGAAAAAGAUCACGUUCAUCUAGCAGAAAAUCCAAAAGUAAAGUGUCUGUUAUUCACCAUGAGACUGUAUCAGAUAUUCAUAGCAGACUAGGAAAUAAUAAGCAAGAUGUCAGAGGUCUGUAUUCUGACAGCAGAGACAGGAAAUCAGGAAAUUUAUGGAAACGUUUGGGGAAAGCAUCAAAACAAAAAGAGAAGUUCUUUGGUAAAGCAGAAGGUUCAGAUUCCUCUCAAGAAGAUGAUGAUACAGCACUUCAAAAGGCUUGGGGUGCCAUGAUUAAGAAAAAGGAACUGUCAAGACAGAAAAAAAGUCGAUUAGAUAACUUGCCUUCUCUACAAAUUGAAAUAAGUCGGGGCAGCAGUUCUGGGACAGACAGCGAGUCAUGAUCUGGCGAACUUUAUGAGGCUAUAUGCAGACUGUGAACUUUGACCCUGUGGCAUGGCAGUGUGAGCUAAUCCUUUCAGAAACUGUUGAGGUUUCUGGAGUAAGUUCUUCACAGCAGCAUUUCCAUCAUUCAUAACAUUCUGUUAAAGAUGUUACAUGAUGUCUUCACAGUUUCAAAUCUUUGUCUACUUUUGCACAGUGAAGUUAGAAUUUUGCCUUCCUGAAACUGGAAGAAGGUUUUGCUGUUUCAUAUUCUUUCAUUAAUUGAAGCUAUUUGUUCUGCUUUCUUAAAUAAACAUGAGGGAUAUGUACAGCCAAAGUAACUUGGCAUAAUUCAGAAGGAUGCUUAAAACGUUUUUAUGCAUCAUGACCAGUACAGUUUCCAAAUCACACGGUUUUAGCAACCAUUCCUGAAGAAUCCGCUGAAUAUAGAGUUGAGCUCGACAUGUUGCACUCAUUGGUUGUAUAUAAGAAAAUAUGAAAGCUUUAACCAGUGAGGUACAUUGCUGCAGGGUUUUCAGUAGAACUGUGCAGAUUGUUUUGUCGCGUUAAUGCAUUCACUUAUAAAUGUUUUUUAUUUACAUUAUUGACUGUUGUGUAACAAUGUAAAGAACAAAGCUUAAUUUUUAUAAUGUAAAUUUUAUGGAUAAUAACAUUGGCAUGGUGUACUUGUUGUUCGUGUGCUGUUAAUACAGUACAUAUAGGAAAGAAAAAAGUA